GAGAGUUGAACAACGUCCAGCGGCUGCUGGACUGACAAGAAAUGCCCAGACUGGAGGUAUUGCUGCUCUUUGUGCUGCAGUUGGAAGGUAUCAGUGGAGAUGAACCUGAUUUCUAUCGCACAGUUGGAGAUGAUGUUGUUUUUCCUUGUGUUGGUCCAUCUUCUUCAUCGUGUCGCAGUGUUACAUGGCUUUAUAACGACAUUGUUGGCAAAACCACUGAGAACAAAGCCACAGUUGGAAAUAUUGACCAGAAGUCAGUUAAUGCUGCCAGGCUGAGUUUGAACACUGACUGCUCUCUGAUCAUAAAGAACAUCAUUCCUGAGGAUGCUGGACGUUACACCUGCAGGAGAGGAAACACAGACAGCCUAAUGCAUCUGAAUAUUUUAUCCAUCUCUCCAUCUCAACCAGCUGGUGAUGCAACAAAGGAUGGAAAUAUAAAUCUACAAUGUUCUCUGUGGAGCUUUUCACAGACCACAUGUUCAGUUAACAGACUCGUCUGGGUAAAUGACACAGGAAACAAACUAGUUGGUGAAGAUGUCACCAACCAGAAGACCAGUUCACAGAUCCAGUGUAUUUCCUCUCUGACUGUGAAGCCUCUGAAUAACAGAUACACCUGCCAGUUUAUUGAGAGAAACACAGUGAAGGUAGAAGCUCACUACCCACCUUUAUCUACAGACCAGACUCUGAUCUACAUCAUUGGACCGGUGCUGGGAGUGGGGCUGCUGCUGCUGGCUGCCAUCGCUGCUGUUCUCAUCAACUGCAGAAGGAGAACCAAACAGUCAGACGAGCCCAAGAACUCCAAUUCAGAUGUCAGAAAAACAAACAAUCAAAUUCACCAAAAUGCGGCGUCGCCGUCCACUCUGACGUAUUCAUCGAUCCGCCAUUCUACUCCAAACUCCCCUCUCAGGGUCACAGUUCAACACGAUGAGGUCACUUAUUCUGCUCUGAAGCCUGAAAUGGAGACGGACUUCGAUCCCAACAGCUUCUACAGUCGUGUCAUCAAACCAGAAUAAACCAGACAGGAUGACAUGAAUUAUCAUGACUUUGCAUUAGUAAACCUCUUAAAAGGAAGUGACAAGUGUGUUUCUCCAUAAAUGGAUACAUAGUUCUAGUUUAUUAUUGAGGAAGUGCAACUAUGUUUUUUUUUUCUUUGCAUUUAAGAUUUCACCAUAAAAAACCCCAGUGAAAAAAGCUGCGAGAAAAAGCUAAGAAAAAGAAGAAGCUACUAGGAAACUACUUGAUCAAAUGAGGAGAUCAAUAACCAAAGUUCAUCCUGGAAAUCCAUUUAAUUCCAUCAUUUAGUGGGAGGAUGUGACUGUAUUACACUGGAAUGUCUCAAACAUCAAAUUAGUGGUUAAAAUAUUUAGAUUUUUUUUGUGCGAUAUGCAAGAAAAGUACCAAAUGUAGUUGGAUAUAAAAAGGCGACUGUAAUGGUUGCCCUGGCUACCCAUUAGCCAGUUAGCUAAAGGGUCCUUGACUCAGACUGACAGCAUUUGCAGCAUCAGUAUUUAGUAAACCAGGUUUCCUGAAUCUGAUAUUUUGUGGAAGUGGUUGGGCAAUAUUCCCCACAAACAGAUUAUGUGGAGAGCAGAAGGUUCUCACAUGGUUAUUACAUCAGAUUAAUCUGUCAUACAGAAGAGGUUAACACCAAGCGCUAAUUAGCAUGUGGCUAACACAAUCAAAAACAGUUUAAUCUCUUUCACUCCUAUUAAAGAUCUUAAAAAUGCUGUGCAUCUUUUCCCAGCAAAUGUGAAAAAUAUUAGUUUGACUUUUUAUUCUUUAGUUAAAAAAAUCUAAACAAGUUUAUGAAUUUUCUUAAUACUUAAGUCUUAACUGAGUUUGCAUUAUGAGCUGCAAAAUUAAGUGUUUGAAAAUCAACUAAUAUGUAGCCUCAGUAGAGAUUUUGCAUAAACUUCAUUCUUCAUGUUUUUUAUAUUGCCUUUAACAAUAAGAGAUUCUCAGUUAUGUAACAAUAUAAAUUUAUUCUAUACGUGUUUUUUCUCUGUCUUAAUAAAAUUUUCAAUAAUUGUGAAUUCUGCGUUUUUGUUAUGAAAAGAAAAUAAUGCUUUACUUAACUUUUCUGACUGUUUACUAUGUAAAAAGUGCCAAGGGAGGAGAUUUAUUAUGUUAUUUGUUGGUACAAAUGUGGAAAUAAUUAAUAGAUUAGUAAAUAGAGUGGCUUUCAAAUCAUAACAAGCAUCAAUUAAUAAAAGACUUGCUCUAAAUACUAUAAUAAACAAGCACAUUUUGAAACAGUGCAACAUAAUUUUCGCCCUUUGAAAGGAUUAAAAAUUUUAAAUAAUUUAUAAAACAGUUUAAAGGUUGUCAUUACUAGAGUAAUUGCUGCCGUUUGGUUUUCUUUUCCAUUAUGAAAACCUUUCUGACCUUGUUCUCCAUCUCAUUUCUACCCUCUGAGGCCACAGCGGGUCAGAGCAGUUCAAAGGGAGCUUGUUUCUUUCCACUGUCGCCACAUGCUUUCUCACAAAGAAGGACGGCUGGAAAUUUAAAGACAGUGAAUUCAGGUAGGUUAUAAAGCUUCAUGAAUGCACUAACAUUAAGAUUGAUUCGGACUGUAUGGAACUAAAUCUUAAUAUGACUUACUAGGUUUUGAAUUAAAUGUAUAUAAUUGAUUUCAGACUGACUGUAUUCUGUAUGAAUAGAGAUGAAUAAGUUUUUGUUUGUAAAUUAGUCCCAUAUGAAUAAAAUGAACUGAACCUCUUUGCAUGUUUUGUAGUUAAAAGGUUUUUGGUUCAUGACUCUAAAGAGCCUUAAAAGCUAAAUUUAGAUUACUGUGGGCGGCGUCUCGGGUCAGCUAGUAACGCUUAGCUGAUGUCAGUGAAUAUUGUGAAAUAUUGCACUUCUUCUUUUAGAUCUCUGAAAGUGUGAGAGUACAUUUUGCAAACAUUCAGUGUUGUUCUAAAACAAGACAAUAACGUAAGUUUAUUUUUUUCUGCUUUGUUCAGCUUCAAACAACAUGUUAUAUAUUUUUAUAUAGUCUGGAAGAAAAUGUUAUUAAAACAAAACAAAUAAGAUGGAUUUUUUUUUCAGGCAUAUUUCUUCCAGGAAGAGGAAAUAACAAAAAUAUCUUCAGAUCUGAAGCAGAGGAUUGCCUUGCAGCUGUGAGCGGACAGGAAACGGCCUUGCUAGCAUUAACUCUGCUGUUGGUGUUUCGGCUUGAAGGGAAGCAUUUCUUUAGCUUCAGAAGGUUUUCUGGUAUAAAUUAUAAAAGACUGUUUAUUCUUUGCUCCAGGAAAAUAUGGCUCUUCUGAAAGAAACUGUAACUGAUUACCUUUAGAAUAGAACAUUUUCUAAAUGCUCCAGUUAACUCUAACUUAUUUUGAACAGAACAGGCUUAGUGUAAACUUUAAAGAAAGUUCUGACUUUAUAUGUUUAAUUGUAAAUAAUAAACUCUUUAUUUUUACUUCUAGAUUAAGAGUCAACAAUUCUUUUUCCUGUUGUCUUUUUUUUGUCAGAUUCAUGUUAACAGAGAUCCUGGUGAUGUUUCCUCUGCGAGCUAUAAAACUGUU